AUGAACCCCGCUUCAUCACCCGAACCGAACGACGAAAAUCAUCCCCGACCCCCGAAGCGACAGAAGACCUCUAAUUCAAACGCAGAGAACAACCGACCAUAUGGUAGCUAUACUAUAGCCUGGGUUUGCGCGCUAUAUAUCGAGACAGCUGCAGCUCUGGCCAUGCUAGACGAGAAGCAUGGUGAACUACCGAGAUGUCUUAACGACGAUAAUGCCUAUACGCUUGGAAGCAUUAAGAAUCAUAAUAUAGUUAUCGCAUCCUUACCUCAAGACCAAUACGGGAACGUCAAUUCCGCCAGUGUGUUAGCGAACCUGAAGCGUACUUUUCCAUCAAUCCGCCACGGGUUGAUGGUCGGUAUCGGUGGUGGAGCGCCUGCUAACAAGGACAUGCGCUUAGGCGACAUUGUUGUGGGAACAAGGAUCAUGCAGUACGACCUUGGGAAGAUCCUGAGUGGUGGUGGAAUUCAGCGAACAGCCAUCCCUAAGUCCCCCGACCGCUCUCUGUGCACAGCUGUAACAAACCUGCGAGCCAGCCAUGAAAUAUACACUUCCCGGGUUCCGGCCAUCAUCCAGGAAAGAAUGCAGAGACACAUAGACUAUCAACGUCCAAGCGCACCUGACCAUUUAUUCAAGGCAUCAUAUCAACAUGACCCUCGCAUGCCGAAUUGCCAAGGCUGCGACCAGUCGCAGCUAGAGGCACGGGAGGCACGAAGAUCUCGCGAACCAAAUAUCCAUUAUGGCGCAAUUGCCUCCAGCAGCCAGGUCAUGAAAGAUGCAGUUACCCGUGACCGUCUUGCCCAAGAAUUGAAUAUUAUAUGCUUCGAGAUGGAGGCUGCAGGGUUGAUGGAUGUCCUCCCCUGCCUUCCAAUUCGAGGUGUAUGCGACUAUUCAGAUUCUCACAAAGCCAAAGACUGGCAGAAAUAUGCAGCAGCAGUGGCUGCCGCGUAUGCAAGAGAAUUUUUGGAGGCUCUACCAGCAACCGGCGACGCACCAAGAGACUCUUGGCCCAAUGUCCGUUUUCCUGAGCAAACAAAUACUGGUAAUCGUCGACAACAGCUAAUGGAGUCUCUCGAAUUCGAUCAAAUCCAUUCACGCAGGAGUACGAUCAAAACUGCCUAUUCUAAGACUUGCAGCUGGUUCCUCAAACAUCCUGAUUACCUGGCAUGGCUGGAUUCAAAGACGCAACCCCAAAACCAUGGUUUCCUUUGGAUCCGAGGCAAGCCAGGUGCUGGUAAAUCGAUUAUCAUGAAGUUCAUCUACACCAAGUGGAAGAAAACAGACAUCCCAAUGAAAGCUCUCACUAUAUCAUUCUUUUUCAACGCCAGAGGAGGAUUGCUGGAGAAAUCAGUUUUGGGCAUGUAUCGGUCUCUACUUCUGCAGCUUCUCGAAGGGUUCCCCGAUCUUCAGACAAUCCUGGAAGACCCUGAUUUGAUCUCACGGAACCAGGUCACAUGCCCGUCAUUGAACAUUCUCAAGGAUUUGUUCCGUUCCGCAGUCUCUUCCCUCGAGAAGCGAGCCCUUACCUGCUUCGUCGAUGCGCUAGAUGAAUGUGAUGAGCAGCAGGUCAGGGACAUGGUUGAGUUUUUUGAAGAAGUCGCAGAACAAUGUGUUGAACACAAUGUGAGGUUUCGGGUGUGCUUCUCGAGCCGUCACUACCCUUACAUUGACAUCAAAUCGGGGAUUCGAUUGACAUUAGAAGGCCAAGACGGUCACAACGAAGACUUGAGGCACUAUAUCAGCAAACACUUACGCAUUCAGGAUCCUGCCCUUAUUGACGAGCUGAAACAAAUGAUGCUCGAGAAAGCGGCUGGCGUUUUCCUCUGGGUUGCCCUGGUAGUGGACAUUCUAAACAAAGAGAAUCGCCGUGGACGCAUAGCCCUUCGAAGCAGAUUGCAGGCAGUACCAAGUAAAUUGAGUGAGCUUUUCAAAGAUAUCCUGACUCGGGAUCAAGAGAACAUGGAAGACUUGUUACUCUCUAUUCUGUGGAUUCUUCUUGCAGAACGGCCGUUGAAUCCUGGCGAGUAUUAUCAUGCGAUUUGGUCUGGAUUAUCACUGAAAGGCCUGGCUGAUGUCGAAAUGCCAUCUGUGAACACCUCGGAUGCCAGCGACUGCUUCAACAAAUGCAUCAUCAGCUCUUCUAAAGGACUUGCUGAGAUCACCAAAGCCAAGAAGCCUACAGUGCAGUUUAUACACGAGUCUGUCCGUGAUUUCCUCAUCAAGGACAAGGGUCUAUAUCAACUAUGGCCAGAACUUGGGACAGACUGGGAAAGCCAAGCUCACGAGAGGCUCAAGUUAUGCUGCAACGCCUACGUAUUUCACGAUGUCAUAGUGAAUGCUAUUGACGGACAACAGUCUACUGAAGCUCAGCGUAUGAAGGAUGAUCUGUUAAAACAGUUCCCCUUUCUGGAGUAUGCCAGUCAGUUCGUUCUUGGACACGCUGAUGCUGCUGCUCACAGAAUUACCCAGCAACAGUUCAUUAGCGAAUUUCCGGUAUCAAGCUGGGUUCCUAUCUUCAAUAUCUUUGAGAGGCAUAAGGUUCGCAGGUAUAAUCAAGAUGCAGACAUGCUCUACAUCCUAGCAGACAGGGGGCUUUCAAACCUCAUUUGGACAAGGCUCGAAAUAACCCCUGGGGUUGAGGGAGGAGGAGGGAGAUACCGCCAUCCACUCCUAGCUGCUAUGGCCAAGGGGAAUAAGGAUAGUGUCGCAGCGUUGUUGGGUUUAUCAUCAAGCAUACAUAAGGGCAUUGACAUUACAGAUGGUCUUAAGUGCAAGGUAGACUCAGUGCGGAAGGACCAUACGCCUUUUUCUUGGGCAUGCGAAGAGGGCCAUGUGGCUAUUGCCACGUUUAUUUUGCAGAACGGUGCACGGGUUAUUGAGGCUAACUUGGUGAGGAUAAUUGAGAACAAUCAGUCAGAGAUUUGGAUGGACGCCACUGCAUCGAGCAUCAGCGAGGGUCACUCCGAGAUUGUGAAGAUGCUUCUCGACAAGGGAGUGGAUGCUGCGGCUGCUGAUAACGAUGGACGGACGCCACUGCAUCUAGCAGUAGAGGAGGGUCACUUAGAGAUUGUGAAGAUGCUUCUCGGCAAGGGAGUGGAUGCUGCGGCUGCUGAUAGCAGUGGAUGGACGCCACUGCAUCGAGCAUCAGCGAGGGGUCACUCCGAGAUUGUGAAGAUGCUUCUCGACAAGGGAGUGGAUGCUGCGGCUGCUGAUAGCAAUGGACGGACGCCACUGCAUCUAGCAUUAGAGAGGGGUCACUCCGAGAUUGUGAAGAUGCUUCUCGACAAGGGAGUGGAUGCUGCGGCUGCUGAUAGCAGUGGAUGGACGCCACUGCAUCGAGCAUCAGCGAGGGGUCACUCCGAGAUUGUGAAGAUGCUUCUCGACAAGGGAGUGGAUGCUGUGGCUGCUGAUAGCAAUGGACGGACGCCACUGCAUCUAGCAUUAGAGAGGGGUCACUCCGAGAUUGUGAAGAUGCUUCUCGACAAGGGAGUGGAUGCUGCGGCUGCUGAUAGCAAUGGACGGACGCCACUGCAUCUAGCAUUAGAGAGGGGUCACUCCGAGAUUGUGAAGAUGCUUCUCGACAAGGGAGUGGAUGCUGCGGCUGCUGAUAGCAGUGGAUGGACGCCACUGCAUCGAGCAUCAGCGAGGGGUCACUCCGAGAUUGUGAAGAUGCUUCUCGACAAGGGAGUGGAUGCUGCGGCUGCUGAUAGCAAUGGACGGACGCCACUGCAUCUAGCAUUAGAGAGGGGUCACUCCGAGAUUGUGAAGAUGCUUCUCGACAAGGGAGUGGAUGCUGCGGCUGCUGAUAGCAGUGGAUGGACGCCACUGCAUCGAGCAUCAGCGAGGGGUCACUCCGAGAUUGUGAAGAUGCUUCUCGACAAGGGAGUGGAUGCUGCGGCUGCUGAUAGCAAUGGACGGACGCCACUGCAUCUAGCAUUAGAGAGGGGUCACUCCGAGAUUGUGAAGAUGCUUCUCGACAAGGGAGUGGAUGCUGCGGCUGCUGAUAGCAGUGGAUGGACGCCACUGCAUCGAGCAUCAGCGAGGGGUCACUCCGAGAUUGUGAAGAUGCUUCUCGACAAGGGAGUGGAUGCUGUGGCUGCUGAUAGCAGUGGAUGGACGCCACUGCAUCGAGCAUCAGCGAGGGGUCACUCCGAGAUUGUGAAGAUGCUUCUCGACAAGGGAGUGGAUGCUGUGGCUGCUGCGGCUGCUGAUAACGAUGGACGGACGCCACUGCAUCUAGCAUUAGAGAAGGGCCACUUAGAGAUUGUGAAGAUGCUUCUCGGCAAGGGAGUGGAUGCUGCGGCUGCUGAUAGCAGUGGAUGGACGCCACUGCAUCGAGCAUCAGCGAGGGGUCACUCCGAGAUUGUGAAGAUGCUUCUCGACAAGGGAGUGGAUGCUGCGGCUGCUGAUAACGAUGGACGGACGCCACUGCAUCUAGCAGUAGAGGAGGGUCACUUAGAGAUUGUGAAGAUGCUUCUCGACAAGGGAGUGGAUGCUGCGGCUGCUGAUAGCAAUGGACGGACGCCACUGCAUCUAGCAUUAGAGAGGGGUCACUCCGAGAUUGUGAAGAUGCUUCUCGACAAGGGAGUGGAUGCUGCGGCUGCUGAUAGCAAUGGACGGACGCCACUGCAUCUAGCAUUAGAGAGGGGUCACUCCGAGAUUGUGAAGAUGCUUCUCGACAAGGGAGUGGAUGCUGCGGCUGCUGAUAGCAGUGGAUGGACGCCACUGCAUCGAGCAUCAGCGAGGGGUCACUCCGAGAUUGUGAAGAUGCUUCUCGGCAAGGGAGUGGAUGCUGCGGCUGCUGAUAGCAGUGGAUGGACGCCACUGCAUCUAGCAUCAUCGCUCGGUCGCUCAGAGAUUGUGAAGAUGCUUCUCGACAAGGGAGUGGAUGCUGCGGCUGCUGAUAGCAGUGGAUGGACGCCACUGCAUCGAGCAUCAGCGAGGGGUCACUCCGAGAUUGUGAAGAUGCUUCUCGACAAGGGAGUGGAUGCUGUGGCUGCUGAUAGCAGUGGAUGGACGCCACUGCAUCUAGCAUUAGAGGAGGGUCACUUAGAGAUUGUGAAGAUGCUUUGA